UGAUGAAUGAGAUGAUGAACCGGUCAUGGCAAUGAAGGGAGACACAAUGUUUACGGCCUCAAGCACAGCCUUUGAAUGCCACCAAGCUCUAUCGGGGAUUGAGCAACGCCAUUGGGGCAAAUGGGUCGCUGAAAUUCGUCUCCCUCGCAAUAGAACUCGCCUCUGGCUUGGAACCUUCGACACUGCUGAAGAUGCUGCCAUGGCUUAUGAUCGUGAAGCCUUUAAGCUUAGAGGAGAAAAUGCUAAGCUCAAUUUCCCUGAACUCUUCCUUAACAAAGAUAAAGCAGAACCAUCCACACCUGCUCCUGCUUCUUCCUCCAACGAAGGUUCAACAUCAACAAUCAAGCCAGAACACUAAGCAACCUGAGCCAUUACCAGAAGAGACCAACACUGAGAGCGAGACAUGCCACCAACCGAGACAUUAGCAGAAGAGAAUGCUGAAACCGAGGAAGGAGUUUCACAGCCUCAGGAACUGGUCUGGGGAGAGUGGUUCAAUACAAUUCCUGCAGGUUGGGGUCCUGGGAGCCCUGUGGGAUGAUUUGGAUCACAACAAUCUUCUUCUGCAUUCACAACUUCCCUUUGUGAAUCAAUCUCAUCAAGAGUUCCAUCAUGAUGCCGCUGGUGCUUUCUUCUCAGACACAACAAGAUAACAACAACGCAGGACCACAGGUUCUUCCUCUCCCUCUUGUUCCAUGAGGCCCUUCUUCUGAAUGGUUAAGAUUAAAAUUCAUGUCUAAAUUCAAAUAGUAGAUAUUCAGCAUUCGGAUCUCUCUGAUUAGUCCUUCUCUUGGUUAGUGUCGGAGAACUAUAAUAAAGUCUCAUAUUGAACAAUUAAAGAAACUUUUUAAACCAUACACCUCUCCUGCUUGAUUCAGUUAACAUUCACUUCGAAUUGAGUCAGUGCGAAAGUUCUAGCAUUUCCAGAUCCCAUUAGCUUUCUUUCUUCUCCUGAACUGAUAACUACAACCCAUCCAGAUAUUCUAUCUGGUCGGUUACUGAAGCUUCGCCACGUUCACAUAUGAGGACAAAACUGAUAAUACAUCCCACCAACUUUAUUUUGUUCUUACUGGUUGCUGAUAUUUUGAACAGCAGCCUGUGAAUCAUGGAUGUUAAAGGCGUACAAUUUUCUUUUCCUGGAAAAUUCUUCUGUGAUUAGCCUUCGUAUUUUAAAUGGCCUUUCAGCAUCAGACUCGUACUUGGUGGGGCUUACCUUGUUCCUAGUGUUGUAGUUUGUUUUCUGGUUUUGGGUUUUAUUAAUAUCAUUAUUCUCUUUGCUCUUUUGUACCAUUUGUUGUUGCUUUUAACUAUGCAUGACCAAGAAGGAAACGUUUUUGUGAUUUCCUUUUUAAUGGCUGUUAGUUUAUUCUGCAGAUUCUCCAGUUCAUAGAUAAUUGAUGUAAUGUUAUGGCCGGACU